AUGUUGGAUCUAUGGUGGCAGACGUUCACCGUACGCUGCUUAAUGGCGGCAUUUUCCUCUACCCACCCACCGGAGACGCUCCACAAGGGAAGCUUCGUUACCUUUACGAGUGUGCACCAAUGGCCUACCUCGUUGAACAUGCCGGUGGUAUCGCUACUACAGGCAAGGCACCUGUUCUCGACAACGUUCCUAAGGAAAUUCAUGAACGCGGAGUCAUCUAUUUGGGAAGCAAAUUGGACGUGGAAGAGUUACUUACGUAUUUUGAAAAAUACACAGACGAAUAGUCUUCAUGUGAUAGAAUUGUUUUAUUUAUCGUUACUUUUGGUUGAUAAUAGUUUUGUUUUGCUUUACAUAGGAAAUAAACAUACUAUUUAUAUAUAA